AUGUCUCAAAGGAUAGCCGAGAUCAUCUCCAAGAUUGCCUUGCCAGCAGGCAUUGCAUUUGCCGUGGGCCAAUCCGCAAUGUACGACGUGCCAGGCGGGAGAAAAGCCAUCUUGUUCGACCGUUUGAAAGGUGUGGAGCAGACAGUCAUUGGCGAAGGGACUCAUUUCCUCGUGCCUUGGUUGCAAAAAGCCAUCAUCUUUGACGUGAGAAUCAAACCCAAGGUGAUCACGACAACCACGGGCUCAAAAGAUUUGCAAAACGUCUCGAUAACAUUGCGUGUCUUGACAAGACCCGAUGUGCCCAAAUUGCCCACCAUAUACCAGACUCUCGGCUUGGACUAUGACGAAAGAGUCUUGCCCGCCAUCGGGAAUGAAAUAUUAAAGUCGAUAGUUGCGCAAUUUGAUGCUGCGGAGUUGAUCACUCAAAGAGAAGUUGUUUCAGCGAGAAUCAGACAGGAGUUAUCGAGAAGAGCUAACGAAUUCAAUAUCGAGUUGGAAGACGUCUCAAUCACCCACAUGACUUUUGGCCGCGAGUUCACCAAGGCCGUGGAGCAGAAACAGAUUGCUCAGCAGGAUGCCGAGAGAUCAAAGUACUUGGUUGAGAAGGCAGAGCAGGAGAAAAAAGCUAGUAUCAUUAGAGCUGAAGGUGAAGCUGAAUCGGCAGACGUUGUUUCUAAAGCAUUGGCCAAAGCGGGUGAUGGUUUGUUGAUGAUUAGAAGAUUGGAAGCCUCAAAGGAUAUUGCAAGCACCUUAGCUGGAUCUCCAAACGUUACAUAUUUGCCAAGCAACGGAGCAGGCGGAGAGGGUUCCGAUGGGACGUCCAACUCCCUUUUGUUGAAUUUGGGUCGUUGA